GGUGGCUUCCCUGCGUUUCUCAUCCUGAAUUUACAUCUGGAGGAUAUUAAUGAAGGGACCUUAUUGUUUUACAAAUUCAUAAAACCCGAGGCUUUGUUCUGGAGUUGUAUUGUUCGCUGUUGGAGUGAAAGUAAUUAAUCUGGUGGGCUUGUUGCUUGCUUCCUGUAUUGUGUUAUUGUGGUUGCUAAAAAUAUGAGUAACGUACGUGAGAUACGUUAUUGUUUCCCUUUCUACUUCUUUGCCCGUUUUUUUUUCGUUCUCAUUGUAAAUAAGGCAGAAAACCGCUUUAAAUAGUCGAGUUUAUAUCCGCUCAUGUUUAAUGAGUUUAAAGUUCGCCUAGACUCCGUUAGCUAGCGGAUUAGCACGCUAUGCUAGCUGACCACCAAAUAUCUUUACACGAUGUAAACAACCAAGAAAACAGUCUGCAUUUUUUAUUUUAUUUGUGGUUUUAAUCCGUCGGAAAACCCCUUCAGGUCCGACUCUGGAGAGCAAAAAGCUUCUCGGCCUCUGUCAGGAUAUUUGCUGGAAUAUGCCGUGACGUGCCGGUCAGGCUGUGAGAGCAAACAGGAUCCCGUAAGGUAACGUUUACCCCACGUCUGCAGAUAGAGAAGGACAUGGACAGCUCAGUCACCCUGUGGCAGUUCCUGCUGCAGCUGUUGUUGGAUCACAGCAAUGAGCGGCUUAUCUGCUGGACCAACGAGGAUGGAGAGUUCAAACUGUUGCAGGCGGAAGAGGUGGCCAGAUUAUGGGGUGUCCGCAAAAACAAACCCAGCAUGAACUACGACAAACUCAGCCGGGCUUUGCGUUACUACUAUGACAAGAACAUCAUCAAAAAAGUGAACGGACAGAAGUUUGUGUAUCGUUUCGUGUCGUUCCAUGAUAUCCUAAAGGGAGAAGUCAUGGCCAGAACGGAGGGUGCAGACAGUGGCUCAAACGGACCUCUGCCCCUCUCUGACAAACCUGCAAACAUCUCCAGGGAUAAAGACAGCAAAGCCGUCCCAGACCGAGGUGCAGGAACACCGGGUCAGUCCAAAUUGUCCAGCCGGAAUGACUAUAUCCACUCUGGCUUGUAUACUUCCUUCACUUUGACCUCUCUGCAGUCAGGAACGCAGCUUUUUAAAUCCAUAAAGAUUGAAAAUCCAGGAGAAAAGCAAAUGGAGAAAAAGGCCGCCCAGGAGUCGCCCCAGCCACCCACCGUCAUAAAAUUUGGGACCAUGCCACUGAACAGACACACCAUUCCCUCUGUUAUAGAGAAGCCUGAACUUCCGGCACCGCUCACCCAAGCCCCACUGCUCGCUCCGGCAGAACCUGAGGCCAAACAGACGGCCGUCUCGCAUGUAGUGUGUGCGUUUGUGGAGAAUCCCACCUCGGAGAAUGCCAUGAUGUGCUUCCCGCUCUCAAGAGUCACUUCAUCGCCGCUCCCUCGUUCCCAGUCGCCCUGCUCUUCACCGAUGACGGAUUCCCAGGAGCUGGUAAUUGACAGUGAAAUCGAGUCCCUCUCCUCACAGCCUUCAGAGUUACAGCUGCAGGACCAGCCCAUCUUUGUUUUCAAGGACACAGUACCAGUUUUUGAGAUGUCCGAAUCUCCACCCCGCAGUCUCAGCGGAAAGUCUAAGAAACCCAAAGGCCUGGAGUUGAUGCCGACACUGGUGGUGACCAGCUCUGACCUCAGCCCUCUCAAUCUGUCCAGCCCAUCCCUCCCUACGGCUUCUCUCACCCCAGCCUUCCUGCAGACACCCCUGCUGCUCACACCCAGUCCACUUCUGUCCAAUAUCCAUUUCUGGAGCACACUCAGUCCGGUGGCACCCCUCAGUCCCGCCCGGAGACACGGCACGCAUACCCUCUUCCAGUUUCCUUCUGUCCUGAGUUCCACGCAGUUCUCUGUUCCCGUGUAUAAUUUAGACGGCACCAACACGCCUGGCCCUCUCUCACCCGACCCACAGAAGACAUAAGAGAGGGAGAAAGACCGGCACACUUCAUCUUUGCCUCAUGUUCUUGAUUGAUAAACGCAGAUUAACCUCAUUCUGUUCACUCGAUCUGACAUCCUUCAGGUAACGAAGACUUAUGACCACCGUUAAAGCGUCAAGAGCAUCCGUUUGCCUCUUGAACCUUUUUGAUGUCACUGAUACUUUCUUACGGAUGUAUAUCAAGCCAUCAGAUAGUGUCUGCAGGACACUGUAAAUCUUUUGUUUCUAUUUUUUUUUAAUGCACUGCUCUUCAGGGAUUGGCUGUAGUGAGACUAAAGCAGAUGGCUGUUGAUCUGCACAGCUGCCAGUAUGGGAGCUUAUCGUAAAACAGCCAUUGCUUGAUCAUUUGAUUAGGAUCCUGAUUGAAUUUCCUUGUGUUUUGUUUCUUGUGGAGCUUAAGACUUCGAUCAGACGUAGAAGAGAUUCUCACAUGACGUCGGCACCAUGUGUUUGUAUAGCAUUGGAUAAAGAGGGAUCGUUUUGUACAUAAUCCAACAAGUUCACCUCGUCUCAACUCAUGUUUGCCUUUUGUUUGGGAAGUCCUCAAACAAACCUGCCUUGCCAAGCUAAACCGCCCCUUUGCCUUGUGAUUUUGAUAAAGGUGACCUCUGUUUUAUCUUGCACCUUUCUUCAUGCUGCACUUACUGCUAUGUAUUUAAAGUGUUCUGUCUCAGUAACCCCACGAACAGCACUUGGAUGAAAACAAGCUGCACUUACUAGGGCUUUUGCGCCUGUUCAUGUUUACUAGCCAUGCAGAUAAGAAGUAGUGAACUAGUUGGCUUAUUUUACAAAACUAAUGUCACCCAGCCACUCUGGGACGCAGUUUGUGUACAUGCCAAUUUUCAUUCUAUUAUGUCUACAUUAGGGCUGCACGAUUAAUCGAAUGCGAUUGUCAUGCGCAUUUUGAUAGUAAUGCCGG